GUUUUGGAACUUACUUCCUGCCCAAUGAUGAUGAUGAAGGCGGCGGACGUGAUAUGACUCGAGCACUGCGUGAUGUGAACUCAGAACUGCGCAUUCAUCUUGCUGAUCCCAACUCACGGCGACUCCACUAAAUAGAUACACUCUUUGAGCCGGGCCUGCUUUAGAAUCCUUGCCACGUCCUGGCACUUGCCUAAUUUGGAGCUGUCUCCGCUUGAUCCUAUCCUGGUCCGUAUCCUCGUGUUCUGUCUCACUUUGCAGAAGCAAAAAUAGUUGGGGUCAAGAUGGGCAGUAAUUUCAAGGAUCGCUUUUCGGAUGGCUUUUCCAAGUUGGGCGAGCGAUUCAAUGAGGGGUUCACUCGAUUGGGUGCAUCCAGUUCCUCUGGUGAUGCGGAGGGCGAGGCCGCUGGCGCCCAGGACAGCAAGAAGGCGGGCACCAGCGGGAAGAAGAGCUUCAGUGACCACCUCACCCUUGCAACAACAAAGAUGAAGGACUUGUUCAGGACCCCAACAGUUGCUGAGAAAUUGGUGGAGGAUGCGACGGCCGACAAGCUGGAGGGGCCCGACUGGGCCAAGAGCUUGGCCAUCUGUGAUCUGGUGAACGCGCAGAAGGCCAGCGGGCAGGAGGUCACCCUGGCGGUCAAGAAGCGGCUGGCGGCGCGCGACUACCGGGCGCAGGGCUUGGCGCUGGUGCUGCUGGAGACGCUGGUGAAGAACUGCGAGGGCCUCUUCUCGGACGUGGCCGCCGCGGGCGUGUUGGACGACCUGGUGGCGCUUGGCCGCGACGGCAGCAACCCCAACAGCACCAAGGCGCUCAUCCUGAUUGAGGCCUGGGGGGAGGCCACCGACGAGCUGCGCUACCUGCCCAUCUUCGCAGAGACCCUCGCGAGCUUGCGCGCGGAGGGGGUGCGCUUCCCCGGCCGCGAUGCCGAGAGCCUGGCCCCCAUCUUCACGCCCGCCCAGUCGGCCCCCAUCACAACCCCGCCCGCCCCAGCGCCUGCGGGCGACGGCGCCCCCGCUGAAGCCCCCGCGGACGUGGCAGCGCGGAGCGUGGCGGUGUUUGAGGUGGCCCGCAAUGCGCGCGAGCUGCUGGACACGGUGCUGACGUCGUCGCCUGCGGGGGAUGCCCUCCAGGAUGAGGUGACGCAGGCGCUGGUGGCGCAGGUGCGCGCGAGCCAGCGCGACGUGCAGGCGCUCGUGCAGGCGGCGGGGGACACCAACGAGGCGGUGCUGUUCGAGGCGCUCAACGUGAACGACGACCUCCAGAAGUGCCUCUCCAAGUACGACGAGCUGGCAGGCCCCGCAGCGCCGCCCUCCGCCUCCCCUGCAGCUGCCCCGCAGGCGGCCGCGGCCCCGGCCAGCGCAGGUGCAGGGGCCCAGGGGACGGGCACCACAGGCAGCGGUGCGGCGGCGGCCCAGGCGGCAGUGUAUGCGGACCUGCUGGGCGAGGACGAGGAAGACGACGAGGCAGGGCUGGUGCGCAAGAACGGGCACAAGGCCGCACGGUCGCAGCAGGCUGGGGAUGAUCAGGCGUUGGCGGACUUGGAUGAGAUGAUUUUUGGCAAGAAGGAGCCUGGGGCUGCACCUGAAGCCAAGCAAGAAAAGAAGGAGGACCUCAUCUCGUUUUAAAGCUUCGUCGUGGUACUUUUUUGACCCCGUUCAAUCCAAAGAUCAAGGCUGCUACCAUGUAUGCAAGUUGUACAGCAAAUUCACUCAAACAAGAACAUGGCACUGAUCAGUUACAUUGUACUUUAUGCGUCCAAUGAUCUGCAAAGCUAAAGAUAGUAUAUGCUGUGCUUGUCUUCAUGACAUGAAAGCUGUUGUGCUGU